UGAGUAUACUGAGUUUUACGGAAAAGCGGUUUAUGUUCGUGUGCAAUCAUGUACGGAAUAACACGGACAUGCAGAAUUUAUUCAUUUAUUUCAAAACAUGCAGUCAGACAAAGACACAACAGUGUUUGGAAGCUCGACGGAAAUAUUAACAACAGUACCAAUGACUUGAACAAUCAGUCGUUAAAAAUGCAGCUAUUAUGUCCGACAAAUGAUUCACAUAUAGUGUCUGGUUGUGGGUUUUUCGUGACAUACAGAAAAAACGGAAAUUUUCUCACCCUAAAUUCCUUUGAUAGUGUUCUUAAUCGUGAAAUAGAGAAAGACAAGAUUAAAACAAAAGAGCUUUCUCUACCGCCUGGAAAAGGUUUAAAAACUGUUUCUUGUGGACGUAGUCACAUAAUUGCUUUAACAAAUGACAACACAGCAUUCGCUUACGGGCUGACAUCCCUUGGACAAUGUGGCGUGGUGCCUCCUCGUUCUCGCAUCCUUUACAUCGUAGGAGAUGCUGUCAUGGAAAUAAUUGGAGACAAAUUUAAAGUAUUCCAGGUUUCUUGUGGCCUCGAUCACACUUUGUUCCUUGGUCGAAAUGGAAAGGUUUUUGCUUGUGGGUGGGCAGCAGAUGGACAGACAGGUACUGGUGCAACAUCAUUCAAUGCAGUCCCCACUCCAGUGGUUGGCGAUAUUAAUGAACACGUUGUUACUAGGAUCUAUACUGGAGCUAAUACAAGCUUUGCUAUUACAGAGAGUGGUCUCCUUUAUGCUUGGGGUAAUAAUGAAUACGGUCAGCUGGCAAUAGAAAGCGACAAGCCACAGGUUGUUGAGCCUCGAGUGGUGGAUGACUGUUCUCUUAACGGAGGAGUAAGACACAUUGCAGCUGCAGAUACUUUUACCACUUUUAUGACUGAAUCUGGUCAAUUGUUCACAUGUGGAUAUGACCCAGGGCAUACAGACCCAUCACCAAAACUGAGACAAUACAAUAAUGAGUGUUACACUGAUGUGAAAACAGGUCUUCAUUACUGCAUUAAAAAGAUGGCCAGUGCUAGAAGUGAAGAAG